CUUCUUAAGAGUUUCAGCUGUUUUCCAAUAUUUUCUUUUGAACAAAGGUUAGGAGCAAUGGGUCUUGAUGGAAAGCUUGCAGUGGAGAUGGAGAUCAAAUCCUCUGCAAAUGAGUAUUUUCAUGCUUGGAUAGAUCAUGGGGCCCUAUUUUCCAAGGCUAUUCCUGAUGAUCUCCAUAAGUCUGAAGUACAUGAAGGGGAUGGAAAGAGUUUGGAGUCCAUCAAUUCCUACAUCUAUGUCUUAGAUGGAGAUAAAGCUGUCUCUACCAAAGCCAAGAUGGAAGCCAUAGAUGAAGAGAACAAAUCACUCACUUUGAAUGCAAGUCUUUACAUGUGCAAGUCUUUACAAAGGAUGGCAAGAACUUUGUGAAAUGCACCAUAGAAUUGAAAAGCUAAGUGAGGAGGUCCCUGAGCCAAUUAACUAUUUGGAGGUUACAACCAAGCUUGCUAAGGGGAUUGAUGCGCAUCUUGUUCGAUCUUAAAACCAAGGAGUUAAACCCUAAUGCUUGGAUUAAUAGUGAUCACUGCUUGCAUAUGAUUGGAAGUUAAAUCAAGAUUCCAGAUCAUAUUUCUUGUUUAUGCAUGUUUAUGAGUACCUAUUUCUUCCUAAGUUGAGAAGUUAAUUUCGGUGACAUGGAAUGUUUGUUGUCUUACCUCUACAUCUAUGUAUUUCUGUAAUGAUCUUGGAAUAUUAGAAUAUUGAUCACAUAAUCUCUAUAUAU